AUGGAGGAACAGGAAGUGAGGUCACCGUCCCCGAGCAUCAUCCUUCGCUGCGAAAAUGACUUUUUGAGCAAUCAGAAAACUGCUUGGGACUCUUCCUCUGAUGUGGAAGAUGAGGCAGAGGUGCAGAAAGUCCCGGAUAUUCGUAAGGACGAUCUAGCAUCCAGACGAGCUCAUCACGGAGCAGUUGCUCCCAGGGUUCACCAGUUUGUCCCAACACCUGUAUGUAGCAGCAAAGACAGGGAGCGCUGGGAAGGGAUUAGACGAGCCUCGCAGCAAGCACUGCAGGAGAGGGAGACCAGUGACAAGGAAAGAGUCCCUGACAUCAUUACACGCAGAGACAACCCUUUCCUAAACUCCGCCCCUCGCCACGAGGAAGAGGAGGACAGUGAGGAAGAGGGAGAAGAGGGGAAGGUUAUAGUGACUCCUAAUAAGCAGAAGGAUGACCUGGCUCGUAGGCGGGCUCUGAGUAAGCCCCUCCCUCACAGGGACGGACCAAUCAGCUUUGUUUCUGCCUCCAUGACCCAUAAAGAUUUGCAGAGGUGGGAGAGACUCAAGAUGACUGAACCCAGUGAGGCCAGCCCGGCCCCUGCUGUGUGUCAGGCUUGUCUGGAGAAAAAUGAUGGAAGUCCUUUCAGCGGAUCAGCAAAGGCUAGACGGGGUCACUGCAAAGUUGUGACCUUUGGGGGUGUGACAGAGAUCGAGCAGCCAAUAGACACAAUCACAUCAAGUGAAGGGGAAGAGACGGAGUUACUAAGACGACUCCUUUCCAAGGCAACUGUAGCCAUGCCUACUAUUGGCCAGGGCUCCCAGCUUUCAGAGCGGGAACGCAGCCAGGUACAUGGAGCUGACCUCAAUCGAACCACCCCUCCCUUUACUGACCUCCCGCCCUGCACCCCUGAAACCCAUCCUACUCCUGCUGAGGUGGAUGCCCGUCUGGCUCAGUAUGAGAAAAGAGCAGAGGAGGAGGAAGAGGAUGAAGACGAAGAAGAGAUGAUCCCAGAUCUUCAGAAAGACGACAUGAUGGCAAGGAGGACGGGAGUUUUCCAUAAACAAAGCACCUCUACUGCGACUUUCAACCGUUUCCUGCCUCUGCCCAGUACCAAGCGCUGCACUCAAGGCGAGGUCUCACUGACGCAGCUCCGCGGAACAAAAGGGAGGUGCAGGCAGACAGGAGCAAGAAAGUAAACUGCCAGGUGGGCUGAGAUUUGUGUUUCUAACAGUGUGAGGAGGAGGCACUAACACGCUUGGAGUGGUUUACAUGCUGAAAGAGAGCUUGAUGUUUAUUCAAUUAAAGGAGUUUCUCUCAUAGA